CCCUUCUCUCUCCCCAGAGACCCACCAACCCAUCCAUCCUCGUUCGUCGUCUGUCCGCUUUUCCCCCUCCGUUUGUUCCCCUCCCUUCCCAACCAAAACCACAACCCACUCCCCCACCGCCACCCCGAUCCGACCCAUUUCAACUCAUCCCUCACCUCUCCACCUUCACCUCUCUGGUCCUAUUCGACCCGCCCACAACGAGGAUAAUCCUAAUCUCACAGCCAAACAACUGUUGCCCCACUUCUCCAGGCUGUCCGCGCCCAUUGUUCUUGAAUCUGAAAGAUGGAGCGUUCCAUGCGUUUGUUUUCGACUGCCUUCGUCUUUGUUCUUCUUUUGGUGGCUACAGGGAUGAUGGGACCAAUGCUUGCGGAGGGUAGGACCUGUGAGUCUCACAGCCGCAAGUACAAGGGAACCUGCCUGGGUAAAAGCAACUGUGCAUCUGUUUGCCAGACUGAGGGCUUCCAUGGAGGCCAUUGUCGUGGCUUUCGCCGCAGAUGCUUCUGCACUAAACAUUGUUAAUUAGCUAUUAAUUAAUGAUGAGAUGAUCAUCAUUAAUCAUACAUGUAUGAUAUAUAUGUGUGACAUGAUGAAAUAAUCGCUUAAUUAUCAUUCCGUGCAUGGAUACCUACGUGCGUCCAUGCUUGUGUGCUACUAGAAUAAAUUAAUAACCCAAUCUUUCACAGUUGGGUUAUCAUUAAUUGUUCUUUUGUUCUUGUUUAUUAAGUAAAACUAUCACCGCGUGAGUUACUUUGUAA